UACUAAUAUUUUCAUAUUACAGUACACUGAAGUGUGUUUGGGAAAAUACUUAUGAAAUAGGUACACUAUGCAUGUACAACCAGCAACACUUAACUGUCCCUAUAUUAACUCACAUUAUAGACGGGUCUAACGCGAAUUUUAUUCAAUUACCUUGAUUUACCGACGUUUCGACACAGGUUUCACUGGUCGUGGUCGCGGCUGACUGAUGUCCCAGCAAAAUGUCAAAACAGAGAUUUGUGCAUCUACCCGACGAAAAGUGUAUGGAAAAGUUUGUGGUAGACAUCACAUUUUCAAACCACCCACCACACAUAAUGUUAAUUAUUGUCAAUAGUCCGACACGCAACAAUCACAAUAUCCAAGAAGAAGAAGAAGAAGAUCACUGGUUCCGAAGUUGGCGAUAAGUAAAAUAAAGAAAAUCAAGAUAAAUCAAGGUAAUUGAAUAAAAUUCGCGUUAGAUCCGUCUAUAAUGUGAGUUAAUAUGUGUUCAAAACGCGAAAGUUUAAAAUAUUAUACUUAACUGUCCAUCGGUGGACCUUAUUACAGCGUACAGCGGAUUACAGUAUACGUGGGCCACACACACAUAUAAGAUUUAUUAAAACAGCUUUACAACAUUGCAGUCAUUUAAACGAACUAGUGGUCAGCUCAUUGCGAUUCGGUCACAGUCGACAUAUUGGACUUGAAGUAAUAUCACCGUUGCAAUGAGUGGCAAAGUAAAAGUCCAAGACUUGGAUUCCUCAACUCAGGAGCAAUUGAUGGCACUUUUCAAGGGCUGGAAUUUCGCUUCAUUCGGAGAUACAGGCUGCAUCAUGCCCACGACGUAUGCGCACGAAGCCGACAACGUUCUGAACAUGGCCGCCCGUCCGGACGACGUGUGGGUGGUCACUUACCCGCGGUCAGGAACAACUUGGACCCAGGAACUGGUGUGGCUGGUUAAAAACAACCUCGAUUACGAAAGGGCUCUAAAAUCGGAUUUGGUACACAGAUUUCCCUACCUCGAAAACAGUCAUAUAAUCCGGGUGGACCUGGCAGGUAUAGCACCUGAGCAACGUCAGUCCUUCACCAGGCCCUCCUUCGAGCAGGUCGCUAACGCCCCCUCCCCCCGCUUCAUCAAGUCCCACGUCCCCCUCUCGCUCCUGCCCGCGAACCUGCUGGACGCUAAGGUGGUGUACGUGGCGCGGGACCCGAGGGAUGUGGCGGUGUCUUUCUACCAUCUUAGCAGAGCGAUAUUUAACUACGUUGGGGACUUUAAAACAUAUUGGAAUCUUUUUGUGAAAGAUUUGGUAUUUUUUUCUCCAUUUUUCCCGCAUUUAAAAGAAGCGUGGGCCCUGCGUCACCACAAAAACAUGCUGUUCAUCUUCUAUGAAGAUAUGACUAAGGACUUAUCUUCAGUUAUUAAGCGAGUAGCAAGUUUCUUCGGAAAAAAAUUCACCAACGAAGAAAUUGCACAACUUUGCCAGCACUUGGAUAUAAAUAACUUCAGGAAGAACCGGAAGGUGAACGAGGAAAGGUUACUAAAUGCAGUUGGUACUAAAGGAGAGACUUUCAUAAGGAAAGGUAAAUCGGGCACGUGGCGCGAGCACUUCGAUGAGGAGAUGAGUGCGCAGGCGCAGCGCUGGCUGGACGAGAACCUCGCCGGCACCGACCUGCGCUUCCCGACACACGCGUAA